CGGUAAUCUUCGUUUUGAGGCAAACAGAAAAAACAAUUCAGUCUGUGACUGUCUCGCUGUGCAAGUAAAUUACUAAAUACGCGAAUUUUAAUCAACAUGUCGACUUGGACACCACUUGAAUCAAACCCAGAGGUACUGACCAAAUACAUUCACAAGCUGGGCGUGUCGCCAUCCUGGUCAGUGACUGACGUCAUCGGUCUAGAUGAUGAUUUGCUCGGCUUUCUACCCCGGCCCGUCAAAGCCGUUAUUUUGCUCUUCCCCAUCAGCGAUGCUUAUGAGAAACAUCGCGCCGAGGAACAUGAGCGCAUCAAGACGGCCGCCGAAGAGGAAAAGUAUCCCGAAGAUCUUUUCUAUAUGCGUCAAUUUACGCACAAUGCUUGCGGCACAGUCGCUUUAAUCCACAGCGUGGCCAACAACAAGGACAUUGAGGUUGGACCCGGUGUGCUGAAGAAUUUCCUGGAAAAGGGCGCUGCUCUCUCGGCCGAAGAGCGUGGUCAAGCCUUGGAGCAAGACAAGGACUUCACCGAGGAUCACCAGCAGCUGGCGCAGGAGGGACAAACCGAUGCCAGCGCCUAUGAAACGGUUAUCCAUCACUUCAUUGCGUUCGUCAACAAGGAGAACACUUUGUAUGAGCUCGAUGGUCGCAAGUCCUAUCCCAUCAGUCAUGGCAAGACAUCAGAUGAGACUUUCGUGCAGGACGCGGCCAAAGUGUGCAAGGAGUUCAUGGCUCGCGAUCCCGAGGAAGUGCGUUUCACCGUCUUGGCUCUGGCUGCCGCCCAAGACUAAGCCAACAGCAUUAUUAUACAUGAAAUUAAUAUGAUCUCUGAUCUUUGAUACUAUAUUUUAAACAUAAAUAAUCUCAUGCGCAUUGUAAAGUUUGGUGAGUUUGCAACUCUCCUAACUAUUUAACCAAAAUCUGUCAUAUGUAUUACGCCUCUAUAUUGUAUUUGCCGUGAUUAAAGAAAGGCAUCCAAUGCUUGUCAACGCACAUAAA